AUGAGCGAAACACGAGAGCCACCAACCGCCACCGUACUCGAGGCAUCACGCGCAGUGUACCGCGACAUCAUACAGCAGUUCACAAAUGCCACAGCGAAUGCGUCGUCUCCACUUCAGGCUCUUCAGGCGCAAAUCGACGCAAUCUUCAAGCAUGGUCCUGAUCGAGCUGGAGAUAUCUACAACGAGCUCGUCGGAGAUGCCUGGGGAAAUGAUACUUUGGUCUUGUGUCCAGUCGAGGACAUGCCUGUGGGAUGGAGUAGCUGUAGAAAUACUGCAACCCUGGUCUCCCUUCUCGCAUGUCCUGAACAAAGCCUUGAGCACACAGUGAGGUCGUCGCCAAUGUACGGGGAGUCUGCGCCGUUAGGAGAGAUUGUCAACACAGAGUCAGCAUCUCUGCGGGACGCAUAUCGCGAAGCUAAAACGGCUGCAGCUAGCGGUAGAACCACAGUCAUGGUCGGGACGCUGGAGGAUGUGCAGUACCAUCGAUUGUUGCAACAGAGUGCUUAUUUAUCCUUUGCGUAUUGCUUGGCGCUUGGUAUUAGGCCUGAGGGUGCGAUUGUAUGGCAGUCAUGGGCAUCUAGACACCAUCAAUAUUGCUUCGACGAAUAUCUGGCUCGUAGUGGUGCGACCUUGAAGACGUUCGUGGAGAUGGAUACUUUUGUUGACCAAUUCGAGGACCUGGCUCAGCACAAGGGCGUAUGGGACGGGAGGUGUAACGACCUAUACCGCAAGCUGUUCCAUGUCGAUAUCAUGCACGUCUGUGAAACCACAGACGCUCCUCCGAUCACGCCGAGGUAUGAGCCUUUGGUGAUGAUACGAGGGUUCAACGAUGUACGCAUGCAGCACUUGCAAAAGUUCAGGUUCGUUGACCACCUUGACGACGAGGUGUGA